AUGGACGUAGAUAUCGCCCCUAAUCUCAACGGCCAUGUCUUGCUCCACUGGGCGAAUGGCAUUAACUUACUUCAUCGCUCGCUCUGGAAUUACACAGUCGCUGCAGUGACCCUUGGUCGAGUCCUCGCCGGAGACGACUAUCGCAUUCUCCGUGCCAACCAAAUCGUAUCAAACGGAGGGCGUAUCCUUCCGUGCCCACACGUGGAGAAGAAGGAAGCCGUAAUCGCAAUGUACAAGCGUGACCUUGCGCUCUACCAGAGGCUCAUCUCCUUGAUCAGGGAGGAACUAAAUCAUGGUACUUCCGAAGCGAUCGGCCAAAUCAUACUUGAGAAUUUGACCCAACUGCCAUGCCCUGCAUGGGAUCUGCUCCUUGAUAUGCUCGAGCCUUCGUUUCUCUUUCCUUCGUUUCUCUUUCCUUCUCUGCAUAAGCUUCGUUUGGGGAGGAAAGAUCCAGCUGGGAAUCUGGAAUAG